GUACUCUUGCCUUGUUGCUUUGUUUGAAAACGUCAGUCAAUUUUAAAAAGUCGAGUAGUGAAGUUUUGCAGACGCGUAUGUUGUUGUUUUUUUUUUGAAAUAUCCCAAAUGAGUUUUCUUCAAGCUCUGUGUGUUUUUUGAGUAGUGAUUCUAUGUGUUUUAAAUUGUUUAAAGAAAAAAUAAAGCGAAAAAAAGUGUUAAAAAAGUCAAUUCUCUUAAGCAAAAGUUAAAAAAAAAAAUUAAAAAAAAACCUUAACUCCCCUUAAAGGAUUAAAGCGAAAUCAAAGAAAUAACAAAAUCCCGAAAAAAAAAGAAUUCCCUCCCUUUUUUGUUAAGCAAAAAGAAAAUUAAAGAAAAACGAAAAAACAACAAAACGAACAUGUUUGCUGAAGGUAUUUUUCCAAUUGGAGACGGUUUGCUGGACAUCGAUGAGGAACGUCUUAAGGGUCUACUCGUUCCUCAUGAUAUCAACGAAAUUUAUGAAGUUGAACAAACACCAUUUGCCAGAGGCAAAUUUGCUGCUGUACGCCGUGCUAUACACAAAAAUUCGGGUACACAUUUUGCAGCAAAAUUUCUAAAACGUCGCCGUCGAGCUCAGUCGUCGGAUAAAGAGAUUAAACAUGAAAUUGCCGUUUUGAUGUUGUGUAAUGAAGCUGAUAAUAUUGUUAAAUUGAAUGCUGUGCAUGAAUCACGUUCAGAUACAGCGCUAUUAUUGGAAUUAGCGACUGGUGGUGAAUUACAAACAUUUUUGGAUAAUGAAGAAUGUCUUACAGAGGCCCAGGCCCGCAUUUGUAUGCGUGAAGUACUUAAAGCACUACAAUUUCUACACAAACGUUCUAUAGUUCAUUUAGAUUUAAAACCACAAAAUAUUUUAUUGGCCGGUGAACAUAUAGAAGAUGGUUUAAAAUUAUGUGAUUUUGGUAUAUCACGCGUGGUAGCCGAGGGUACCAAUGUACGUGAAAUCGUUGGUACUCCCGACUAUGUUGCACCCGAAGUUUUACAAUAUGAACCCUUGUCAUUGUGUACGGAUAUUUGGUCGGUUGGUGUUUUGGCUUAUGUUUUACUAUCGGGUUUCUCGCCAUUCGGUGGGGAAACAAAACAGGAAACCUUCCUUAAUAUAUCACAAUGUGCAUUAACAUUUCCGGAUAAAUUAUUUGGAGGCGUCUCAUCGGCAGCCAUUGAUUUUAUACGUAAAGCAUUGCGAAUAAAGCCAAAUGAUCGCAUGACUGCUGCAGGAUGUCUCGAACACAUUUGGCUUAAAGACGAAUGUAACAUCGAUAGACAUAUUUUUAAUGCGAUAAACAAUAUGCAACAAUUGGAACAUGAUGACGAUGAUGAUAAUGAAGAAGAAGAUGAGGUGGUGGAUGAAGAACAACAAGAAGAAGAGGUAGAUGAAGAGCAAGUUGAUAAUGUUGAACAUGAACAGGAAGUACAGGAAGAAGCUGUUGAAGAGGUACAGUUAGUAAAAGAUAAUAAACCUCAAGCUAUUAGUGUAGACAAUUCGGAAGAGGAAGAUAAUAUUCCUGCUAACAAUACAUAUGAUAAAUCGGCUUUAAAUAAAACAACAAACAGUCACACUAAUGGUCAGAUCAAUGGUCAUCACUCAUCAGCUCAUACAAAUGGUUUUACUAAUGGUUUUACCAAUGGUUAUGCAAAUGGUCAUUCGAGUGCUCUAACUAAUGGUCAUACGAAUGGCUAUCUAAAUGGUCAUUCUAAUGGUCAUGUUACCGUUUUGAGUAAGGGCCACUCGGCUAAUAGUUUUACUAAAUUACGUGAUGAUUACCAUGAUAAAACCAUUAAGCUUUCGGGAGUUAAAUCAACAUCGAAUGCUACGACAACAAAAACCACGGCUAUACACAAUGUACCAGCUACAAAAGCCAUUACCAUACCAUUGUGCAGUGUACAACCAACCUCAUCUUUGCAACAAACAUCACCUCAGGAACAACAAUUAUUACACAUACCGGCCAGACGUCAUUCAUCUGAAUCCAAUAAAGAAAAUACCUUUCUAACCACCAAGAAAAUAUCAGCCAACAAUUGUAAUGGCUCCAGUGCUGGCAAUUUAAAGAAAACAUCUUCAUCUUCCUCCACCAACACAAACACAGUCACACAAUCGGCUACCGCCACUAUACAUAUAACACCAGCAGCUACCCUUAAUACUGGCAAUAUAGUGGCCACCAUUACAUUACCCACGGCUACAAAUGGGAGUGUUAUCAAUGAUAAGGUAUCAUCAGUUAAUAGCAACAAUCAUCAUUCUUUAUUCCCAGAUGCUCCUACUACGCCCAAAGUUAUACGCAAGGCACCAACUACUGAUGCAUCACCCACCUCAGUUAAGGCUUUAGUUAAGAAAUUUCAACUUGAAGGCGGCGAACAACCCAUAACACCACCAGAAUUUGCCACCAAUGGCAGUAAGUUGCAACAUCACCAUCAAUUAAAAUAUACUGCUCAAAGCAAUGGCAGCAGACCCUCACUAUCCCCACCCAGUUUAGCACAUUCUUCGGCCAUUACCAUUGCAAAUUCCUCAAGAAGAGCUUCAGAACCCAUCACUGCUAUACACAGCAGUAAGAAAUUAAGUACGACUUCCUCAUCGGCACCCGUUAGCCUACCAGCUUCAGCAGCUGCUCAUAAUUAUAAAACAACAUGCGUUUAUUGUGUUUCCUGUACAAAUUCCUCAACAAAUGGAUGCAGGCAUCCCAAUUCCUCAAUAACAACAAACAACAUUACCACCUCCUUAGCUGCCAACGCACAAACAACAACAACAGCAGUAGUAGCAGCAGCAACAAAAACUUCUUGUUCCAGUACACCUCUAAGCAGUAAUAGCACAAAAUCCUUAAUCAAUAACAGCAGCAGCAAUGGCAGUCUUACCUCUAGCAGUAGUAAUGCUAAUGCUUCCACCUCUUCUUCAACCACAGCUUUAUUAUUUGGUCAGCAGCAGCAGCAGCAUACUCAGCAUUUGUUAAAUUCCCACCAACAUUCACAUCAUUCACAUCAUCAUCCUCAUCAUCACCAACAUCAUCAUCAUCAUCACCAUCACUUACAUCAUCAUAAUGGUGUGGUUAAGAGUGCUGCCGCUUCAGCAAAUGGUUUAAGUUUAGAUCAGGGUAUUAUUUGUUAGCUAAGGGCCUCUAGGGCGCGAAGGAAUGCCAAAAGUUUCUUUCAUCGUUUCUUAUGUUGUAUGUAGUAUAGGGUGAAAAAUUCUAAAAAUAUUAAUAGUAAUCAUAAUAACAAUAAUCGUAAUCAUAAUAAUAUUAAUAUUAAUAAUAAUAAACAUAGUACGAAUAGUUAUUUAACAAAAAACAAAAAGUAUUUCAAUUACUUUUUAUGUUGUUCAGAUGCUGGUGUACCAUAUGAAGAAUUUGUUUAAAAUGGAGGAAAAACAUUUAUUUACAAAAAAAAAUAUAUUAACUUUUCCAUGUGUAUGUGUUAGUUAAUAAACCCUUAUUAAGUAGCUUUAGAGAAAAAAUUAAACUUUUGUCAUUUCUGUUAACUUAAGGCCUUAUCAAAAUCUUUGUUUGUUUAGCAUUUGUCUAAUUUAGCAGAAAUGACAAAAAGUUUUAUACAAAAUUUAUAAAUUUUAAACUUUUGAUAUGAAAGAAAUUGCCCAUUUGUAUGAAAAAACUAUAACUUUUUAAUUAUUAAGCUUUAUGUAAGGUAAUCACAGUUUUUUACAUUCGCUGUGUAAACAAAUUGUGUAUACUAAAGCUUUUUAAGCUUUAAAUCCAUGUGAAUGAAUAUAUUUUCUAAAAUUCUAAAAAUUUUAAGAAAAUUAUAAAGUUUUGUUUUGAAAUUCUUUAAUUAUCUAAAACUAAGGCAUUAAAAAAGCUUUCUUUAGCUAUUAAGUACUUUUAUUUAUUUCAUUAAUGUCUUAAAGCUUUAUAGUGUAAAAAAAGCAAGAAAUUGUAAAGCUAAAACUUGCUUUAAAAUCAACAAAAUUUAAACAAAAUUAAAGCUCUUUCAAAUAUUUACUAUAAUAUUCUUUAAGCUUUAAAAAAC